AACCCUUAAAUACAGAAUCCAAAUAUUUCUCUCUCAACUCUCAACACUGCCGCCCGUCCCCUCGGCUUCUCCAGCCUCCCGUUGAUCGGACGUCUGCUCCUCACGCUGUCAACCUGGUUGCUUCUUCGCUCUCCUCUGCCGCUUCCUCUGGUCCUCGUUGCUGCUUCCGCUGCCUUCCGGUGCUGCUCCUCGUCCUCAAUCUCGCCGCCGUUGCUCAUCACUGCGUCCUCAGUAACUGCAGAUUUGGAAAAAUGAAUUUCAACAAUGUCAAAGUUCCUAAGGUGCCAGGUGGUGGUGCAGCAUCCACUUUGCUUAAGCUUGGUGUUAUUGGUGGUAUUGGCAUGUAUGCAGCUGCUAACAGUCUCUACAAUGUUGAGGGUGGGCAUCGGGCCAUUGUGUUCAACCGUAUUGUUGGAGUCAAAGACAAGGUUUACCCAGAAGGAACACACCUUAUCAUUCCAUGGUUUGAACGCCCAGUCAUUUAUGAUGUCCGGACGCGACCCCAUCUGGUAGAGAGUACUUCAGGGAGUCGUGAUCUCCAAAUGGUUAAGAUUGGGCUUCGAGUUCUUACUCGUCCUGUGGCAGCGCAAUUGCCUACAAUUUAUCGAACACUUGGUGAAAACUAUAAUGAAAGAGUUCUGCCUUCUAUCGUUCAUGAAACGUUGAAAACUGUGGUUGCACAGUAUAAUGCCAGCCAGCUUAUUACUCAGAGAGAGGCUGUUAGCAGAGAAAUACGGAAGAUUUUGACAGAAAGAGCAGCCCACUUUAACAUUGCUCUAGAUGAUGUAUCCAUUACAAGCCUGACUUUUGGGAAAGAAUUUACUGCUGCAAUUGAAGCGAAACAGGUGGCUGCACAAGAAGCUGAGAGGGCUAAAUUUAUCGUGGAAAAAGCUGAACAAGACAAGAAAAGUGCUAUUAUUAGAGCAGAGGGAGAGGCCACGAGUGCCCAGCUGAUAGGUCAGGCUAUGGCAAACAAUCCUGCAUUUAUCACACUUAGGAAGAUAGAAGCGGCAAGAGAUGUUGCUCAGACGAUCUCAAAUUCAGCCAACAAGGUUUUCCUGAAUUCAGAAGAUCUGCUACUGAAUCUUCAAAAGAUGGAGUUGGAGGUUCAUGGGAAGAAAUAGGCAUCUCUCUUCUUAUCUUGGUGUUUUCAUUCCAAUCCAAGAGCAAGCAAUUGGGAAUAUUUCCUGAGCUAUUAAUGGUGACAUGGGACUUUUUUUUUUUUUUAAAAAAAUUCAUUUGUUUUAAUGGAUCCUUUGAAACAGCCAAGCAGGGGGUUUAGAUAUGACGUGAGAAUCAUAAUUGGAGAUGCAUAGUCUCCUUAGGAACUUAAUGGGAUAUUUAAAUUGGAAGGUAAUCAUUAGUGGGAUGCUUGUUUUGCCUGAUAAUAUUUUCAUAUGAAUUAAAAAAAAUUGUAGUUAUAUAUUUAAAUAAUAAAUUUUAAUUAUUUUA